CUUCUUCCCUCUGUGCAGAAAUGACGAUGGCUGAACAAGUCGCAAAGCCUCAUAUCGCCCUCCUCCCCAGCCCCGGGAUAGGCCACCUGGUCCCCCUCUUGGAGUUCGCCAAACACCUCGUCGUCCACCACAACGUCCACGUCAGCUUCCUUAUCAUGAGCUCCGGCGAAGUCUCGGCGAUUCAAGACCAGCUCCUCGACUCCUCCACCCUCCCACCCGACCUCCAUGUCAUUCAUCUCCCGCAAGUCAACAUCUCUCCAUCUCUCAACGAUGACACAAGCCUAAUCACCCAACUCUCUCGUGUCUGCCAAGAAUCUCUCAAGCACCUCCGUGAAAUUCUCGUUGAAUUAAACCUCCCGAAAGCCCUCAUAGUUGAUAUGUUUAGCACAGAUGCGAUCUUGAUUUGCAAAGAAUUGGGCGUUCCAGUCUACUCUUUUUUUACCAGCAAUACUAAAGGGCUUGCUUGGGUUUUUUACCUCGCCCGAUUUAUGAAGGAAUUCCGUUUUGCGGGACUUCCGAAUCUCAUCCAUGUCCCGGGCUGUGAAUCUGUUGGAAUAGAUGAAUUGCCGGAAAAUAUAUUGGACGUGGGGGAUGACGUCAUGCGCCAUUUCAAAAGAUUAUCCAUGGUUUCUGGGAUUUUUGUCAAUACAUGGGAAGAUCUAGAAUCCAAAUCCAGUUGGCAAAACGGGAUUAAAAACGACCCGUUUUAUAAGACCCUGCCAGCUCCCCCGAUUUACCCGGUGGGGCCGGUGAUCAAGCGAGACGAAGCCGUGGCUAAAUCAGACGAUUACAUCGUUUCGUGGCUGGAUAAUCAAUCGCCUAACUCUGUGCUUCUAGUGUCACUUGGUAGUGGCGGCACAUUGACAAGUGAGCAAAUGAGUGAGUUAGCUCUAGGCCUGGAAAUGAGCAAGCAGAAGUUUAUGUGGGUUGUGCGGAAGCCUAAUGACUUUACCUCCUCCGGCACUUUUUUCAACGCGGGCCGCGGCGACGAUGACCCGUUAUCGUACCUGCCGGAAGGGUUCGUCGAGAGGACAGCUGGAGCAGGCCUGGUGGUGCCGACAUGGGCCCCACAGGUUGCGAUACUCCGCCACGAGGCGACAGGAGGUUUUUUGUCCCACUGUGGAUGGAACUCAACGCUUGAGAGCCUUGUGCAUGGCGUUCCAAUGAUUGCGUGGCCUUUGUACGCGGAACAGAAGAUGAAUGCGGCCUCGUUAAUCAAGGAGAUUGAGAUAGCGGUGAAGCCAUUGGCGGUGGCUACUGAGGCAGGAGGAAAGAGUAGUGUUGUGAAGAGGGAAGAGGUGGAGAGGGUGGUGAGAUUGUUGAUGGAAAGCGAGGAAGGUAAGUUGAUGAGGGUCAAGGCUAAUGAGCUCAAAGAAACUGCAGCAAAAGCGUUUAAGCCUGGAGGCUCUUCUUACGAAUUGGUUUCGUCGAUUGUCAAGUCUUGGAACUAAACGACGCAGAUUGCUUAAGAGAUGAUAUCUUGUUCCUUUUUUUCUUUUCAAGAAGAAUAACUGUUGAAUUAUGAUUAAAGCUUUGAUGCUUGUUCGAAGUCCUCCUUUUUAAUAAUAAAAUAUACAUUAUUAGAAAUAUGCCAGA